AUGAUGCCACCUCAGUGUGAUGUUGGGCAUUCUGCAGGAAACCCCGCUUGCCCACCGCUUACUGUUCACUGUCACCAACCUCAGAAUGAGAAUAGUGAGAGAGUGAGAGAGAGAGAGAGAGAGAGAGAGAGAGAGAGAGAGAGAGAGAGAGAGAGAGAGAGACAGAGAAGAGAGAAAGAGAAGAGAGAGAGUGAGAGAGUGGGAGAGAGAGAGAUGGAGAGACAGAAACGAAAGAGAAAGAGAGGGAGUGUGAAAGAGAGAUGGAGAGAGAGAGACAGAGAGUGGGAGAGAGAGAGAAAAGAGAGUGAGUGUGAAAGAGAUGGAGAGAGAGAAAGAGAAGAGAGAGAGAGAGAGAGAGAGAGAGAGAGAGAAGUUCACAACCCGCUGGGGUCCCCAGGAGCACAACACCAGACCGCAGCUCCAGCGGCCCUGAGCAGACAGGAAACCCCUUCAAUCCUCCAGAAACCCCAGAUAGGAUUCAGGACGGGAGAGGACAGGAGAGCGGAGGAGAUGGCUCAGGAAGAUGAAGAGCGUACAGCAGGAGGAUAA